AUUGUAGAUUCUGGAGAUUUAUAAAGCUACUUAAGAUUCUAAUCCUAUGAUUAUUGUGAGAACUAAAACGAAUAAUCAGUGAAUUUUAGAGAGAAAAGAGAGAGAUUACAUUACCUUCUUCAUAGGAAAGCCUUUCUUUCUUCUUCUGCAUUCCUCAAACUGUAUCUUCCCAAGAAACCCAACACAGAAGAAAAUCAAGAAGUGAAUUGUGGCGGAGAUGAAACUCGGAGCUCCGAGAAAGAAGUCGGGUUGGGUUAUGCUCCAAGUUCUUCUUCUGCAUCUCCUUGUUCAAAGUGUUCAUUCUCAGAACUCACGAAACAAGCUAAACAUCACAAAUCCUGGACAAAGUAUACCAGGCUUAGCAGUUCAGCUAAAGAGAGUUAGUAAUGAGAGGGUGGUAGUUGAUAAUGGUAUUAUUCAAGUUACUUUCUCGAGCCCACAAGGUUUGAUAACUGGAAUCAAAUAUAAUGGCAUCGAUAACGUGUUGGACGACGAAAUUGACGAUCGUGGGUAUUGGGACGUAGCCUGGUAUGAACCGGAAAAGGCAUUGGAAAUUGACAAACUAGAAGGAACUAAAUUCGAAAUCAUAACUCAGAACGAAGAACAAGUUGAAAUUUCAUUUACAAGGACGUGGACGAUCUCGAAACGUGGCUCCUUGGUCCCCCUUAACGUAGAUAAAAGGUACAUUAUUCGAACUGGUGUCUCCGGAAUAUACAUGUACGGUAUAUUAGAGAGGUUAGAAGAUUGGCCCGACGUGGACAUGGACCAGAUUAGGAUCGUCUUCAAGCUCAACCCCAAAAAAUUUGAUUUCAUGGCGAUAUCUGAUGACCGGCAGAGAAGCAUGCCAUCCAUGGCGGAUCGAGACAAUGCUAAGAUAUUAGCUUACAGAGAAGCUGUUCUCUUGACAAACCCGAAGAACCCUAUGUUUAAAGGAGAGGUGGACGAUAAGUAUAUGUACUCAAUGGAAGACAAAGACAACAACGUUCAUGGUUGGAUCUCGUCGGACCCACCGGUUGGGUUUUGGAUGAUAACUCCAAGCGAUGAAUUCCGACUUGGUGGGCCCAUCAAGCAAGACCUCACCUCUCACGCGGGACCCAUCACCCUGUCCAUGUUUACGAGCACUCAUUACGCGGGGAAAGAGAUGAGAAUGGAUUAUAGAAAUGGAGAGCCAUGGAAGAAGGUUUUUGGACCUGUCUUGGCUUAUCUCAACUCUGUCUCUCCCAAAGAUUCCACUCUUCGUCUCUGGAAAGAUGCUAAACGACAGAUGGCUGAAGAAGUUAGAAGCUGGCCUUAUGAUUUUGUAAAUUCAGAAGACUAUCCUCUUUCUCAUCAGAGAGGAACGAUCGAAGGUCAAUUCUAUAUCAAAGACCGAUACGUGUCAAGACUAAAUAUAUAUGGGAAAUUUGCUUUUGUUGGUUUGGCACCAUGUGGUGAAGCCGGUUCAUGGCAAACCGAAUCAAAGGGGUAUCAGUUUUGGACGAAAGCUGACAGAAAAGGAAGAUUCAUAAUAGAGAAUGUGAGGGCAGGCAAUUAUAGUCUCUACGCAUGGGGUUAUGGUUUUAUCGGUGACUAUAAAUAUGAACAAAACAUUACCAUCACUCCAGGUAGUCAGAUGAAUGUAGGGCCUAUAGUGUAUGAGCCACCUAGAAACGGUCCAACGUUGUGGGAAAUAGGUGUACCGGACCGAACAGCCGGAGAGUUCUAUAUACCGGAUCCUUAUCCUACACUUAUGAAUAAGCUUUAUGUUAACCCACUUCAAGACAGAUUUAGACAAUAUGGAUUAUGGGAUCGUUACGCAGAUUUAUACCCUCAAAACGAUCUUGUCUACACAGUCGGUGUUAGUGAUUAUAAAAGAGAUUGGUUCUUUGCACAUGUAACCAGAAAUGCUGGAAAUAAUACAUACGAUUCAACGACAUGGCAAAUAAUAUUUAACCUGGAAAACGUGAACCGUGUCGGUCUCUACACGCUCAGAAUAGCUCUAGCCUCAGCUGCUGAUUCCGAGUUACAAGUUCGGGUCAACAAUCCGAAAUCCGAUCAUAUUUUCACGACCGGUUUAAUCGGAAAAGACAAUGCCAUUGCAAGACAUGGGAUUCAUGGGUUAUAUAGAUUGUAUAGUAUCAACGUUGCCGGAGAUUUACUAAGUGUUGGUGAUAAUACCAUAUAUUUAACUCAAUCGAGAAGUGUAGGACCGUUUCAAGGUGUUAUGUAUGAUUAUAUUCGUCUUGAAAGUCCUUUUACAACUUGAAUAAGUAAUAGGAUUUAUAGUGGAAAUAAUUUACCGUGGAGGGUAUUUAUAUUUUAUUUUCUAGAGUUGUUUUUAUUCAUUUGUAUGUAAUGUAAUACCGAGGGUGUGAAUAUUAAUAAAACCAAAUUUAUUAAUC